AUGGGUCUUCCUCAACAAACAAACACUCCCAUCGAGAAGCCUUCGACUUCCGAGACGGCAGAGACCACUACCGACUCUAUCCCUGCCGCCGACGUCAGCACACAAAGCAGUUCGCUCGGUGCCACGAAUACCUCGGACCUGGCUGGAGGUGCCAUGGGCGGUGGCCAGGGAGACGCCGAAAGAGCGGCAGAGAAGCUGUAUGAGGAGAGAAUGGAGGAGUACGCCAAGCGCGAGGGAGGUGCUUAA